GAAAGCGCUGUGUGUUUAUCAGGUUUCCCACCCCAGUAUCCCAGGUCAAAUCCUGCUGUGGCAGUUAGGUUUGGUGGAAGCACACGUCCAGCCAUGAGUUCAUCCGAUGAGGAGAGCUUCGAUGACCUCAGGGGUCACUUCACCCAGACAGAGUGGGCUCAGCUGGCCACAUGCGAGAAGGAGCGCUACAGAAACAUGAAGAGGAACCACCUGUUCAUGCUCUCCAUAGGGCUCUCCUCUCCUCCUCCUGCCUUUAUGAGGCAGGGACGGGCCAGGAAGGCACUGGCCAGACCGCCCCCAGCUGACAGCAGCGACUCAGAGGAGGAGUGGACACCCAGUCUGGAGAGGAGGCCUCCAGCCCCUCGUGGGUUCAGAGCUCCAGCCAGAAUUCCUCCUGCUUCCAGAGUCGUCCCUGUGAGGCCCCCUCCUCCUGCUCCACCAUCUCAGGAGGUGCAAGACAACAACACUUCGCGGAAAAGCAGCAUUCAACCAAUCAGCAGCAGUGGUCAAUGUUCUCAGGCUUCUGAGGUGGAACCAAUAGAACAGUCUGUGGAGGCAGAAGAGAACAAACAGGUUCCUCCAAUAGACUCAGACCAGAGUAGAGAGGAAGACAGAGUGGAGACUGUGGAAGGACAGGCAGGGAGAGAGACAGGCCCAGCAGCAAAGAGACGUGGUGUGUCAAAGAGAGAGUGGUUGAAACAGCAGAAACAGCAGCUGAACAGCUACCAGCGAGGAGGCAGUCUGCGCAACAGACCCAGAGUGAGCUACACAGAGGAAGACGUGCCCAGAGAUGAAGAUUACCUCUACUGUGAGGACUGUGAGUCUUUCUACAUUGAAGAGUGUGGGGUCCACGGCCCCCCUAACUUCACCCCCGACACCCCAGCUCCUGUUGGGGUCCCAGACCGAGCCAGGCUCACCCUGCCCCCCGGGCUGGAGGUCAGGACGUCCAACAUCCCAAACGCAGGACUGGGGGUGUUCAACCAGGGCCAGACGGUGCCUAGAGGCACCCACUUUGGCCCCUAUGAGGGGGAGGUGACCGACAGAGACGAGGCCAUAGAGAGCGGAUACUCCUGGGUGAUAUACAAGAGCCGUCAUUCAGAUGAGUACAUCGACGCCAAGAGAGACACGCACUCCAACUGGAUGAGGUAUGUGAACUGCGCUCGUGACGUGGAGGAGCAGAACCUGGUGGUGUUUCAGUACAGGGGAGGCAUUUUGUACCGCUGCUGCAAGCCCAUCGGCCCUGGAGAGGAGCUGCUCGUCUGGUAUGGAGAGGACUACGCCAGAGACCUGGGCAUCAGCUUCGACUACCUGUGGGACGUGAAGAGCAGCGCCACAGAGGUGACAGCGUCUCAGGUGUUUCCGUGCUCCCUGUGUCCAUUUGCCUACACGGCUCAGAUCUUCCUCCACAAGCACAUCAAGAGGAGCCACACGGACGAGUACGUGCGCCUGCUGAGGUCUGGAGAGAUCCGAUCAGAGACUCUGGCGCCCUCUAGAGUAAAUGGCAGCAUCAACCAGCACACCCAGAGCCAGAACCACAGCCAGAGCCAGAACCAGAACCAGAACCAAACUUCAGCAGCAAGAGAGACUCAAGCUCCUUCUAGAGGCAGCAGCAACACACAGAACAACCCGACUGUGUCAUGCAGGUCAACGUCCAGUACAGUCAUUCACCGUUCUUCAGAACAGGAAGGAGGGAGUGACCAGAGACGUCAUACAUGUGCUGAGUGUGGCAAGAGCUUCAGAGGUAGAGUAGAUCUCAAACGACACCAGCGCACUCACACAGGAGAGAGGCCGUUCCACUGCACUCAGUGUGGCAAGAGCUUCACACAGGGGGGAGAUUUAAAAAAACACCAGCGCACUCACACAGAAGAGAGGCCGUACCACUGCACUCAGUGUGGCAAGAGCUUCACUCGAGAGGGAAGUCUCAAACUACACCAGCGCACUCACACAGGAGAGAGGCCGUACCACUGCACUCAGUGUGGCCAGAGCUUCACACGGGGGGGAGAUUUAAAACAACACCAGCGCACUCACACAGGAGAGAGGCCGUACCACUGCACUCAGUGUGGCAAGAGCUUCACACGUGGGGGAGAUCUCAAACGACACCGGCACACUCACACAGGAGAGAGGCCGUACCACUGCACUCAGUGUGGCAAGAGCUUCACUCAAGAGGGACAUCUCAAAACACACCAGCGCACUCACACAGGAGAGAGGCCGUACCACUGCACUCAGUGUGGCCAGAGCUUCACUCUAGAGGGAAAUCUCAAAAGACACCAGCGCACUCACACAGGAGAGAGGCCGUACCACUGCACUCAGUGUGGCCAGAGCUUCACACAUGGGGGAGAUCUCAAACGACACCAGCGCACUCACACAGGAGAGAGGCCGUACCACUGCACUCAGUGUGGCCAGAGCUUCACUCAAUCACGUUCUUUGAAGAAACACCUGUGCACUCACAUGAAAGAACCGUAACUGUGCUUUUGGUGAAACAACAAUUUAAUCUACUUUCCAGAAACAAAUGAGAGCAAUAGUAAAGAUAUAUUUGUAUUGCUGUUUAAUUACUUAUAACGUAAGCUGUUUUUUAAAUCACAUUUUAAAUGCAGUACUGUGUUUAUAGUGACAACUUGAUAACA